CUUGCGCUCUGCCUGUCUGUAAUUCAGCUACAAGCUAGCUGUGCGGCUCCUGCUCUCCCCAAAACGUGUUGGGAUUGCUUUGGUUCAUGUUUUUAGCCCGUUCGCUCAUCAAGAUGUCGAGUCCCAAUCCUUUGUUGAGGCUGGAGCAGCGAGCCGCCGAGGCCGACCAGAUCAUCGAGUACCUGAAACAGCAAGUGCAGCUGCUGAAAGAGAAGGCCUCCGCCCAGGCCAGCGUGAGAGAGGAGAAGAGACUCACGGUGGAGAAUGCCAAAUUGAAGAACGAAAUUGAGGCGCUGAAAAAGCAGCUGCUGGAGAAAGAAAAAAGGAGAGGAGUGCGGGAUGUCCCCAUGCCGUCUGUGGACAGCGUUACUGAUGUCUGUUCGAAGCCCGCUCCUCCUAAAUCCACUGAUGCACCGCCCUCUGGUUCUCCUCCCACUGCUGUCCAGAGCCCCCCUCCCAAAGAUGAGCCCAAAAAGAAGAAGCAAGAAAAAAAAGGAGGAGAGAAAGCAGAGAAGAAACAGGCAGCGGCGAGCCAAGAGGACGCCAAGGUGGACGUGUCCCGUCUGGACCUGCGCGUUGGCCGUAUCAUCACAGCAGAGAAGCAUCCGGAUGCUGACAGUCUGUAUGUGGAGCAGGUGGAUGUGGGCGAGGCUGCACCAAGGACUGUGGUCAGUGGCCUGGUCAAGCACAUACCUCUGGAGCAGAUGCAGAACCGGAUGGCGAUCCUGCUGUGUAACCUCAAACCAGCCAAGAUGAGGGGGGUGGUGUCCCAGGCCAUGGUCAUGUGUGCAAGCUCACCAGACAAAGUGGAAAUCUUGGAUCCUCCGAGUGGAUCAGUUCCCGGGGACCGAGUCAGUGUCCAAGGCUUUCCAGGUGACCCAGACAAGGAGCUAAACCCCAAAAAGAAAGUGUGGGAGCAGGUUCAGCCAGACCUGCGCACCGAUCAGAGCUGCGUGGCAACGUACAAGGGAGCCGCCUUUGAAGUAGCCGGGAAGGGAGUGUGCAGAGCCCAAACCAUGAGCAACAGCGGAAUCAAAUGAAAUGCCGGAGCUGCCUGGAAUAGCUGGGUGUUUACUCGGCACCCGUCUCCACCAAUGAUGACGAUGAUGAAUGGGAGGAAAUGCUUUAAAGAUGUUUAAUAAAGCAUUUGGAU